GGGGAGAACUUUGCGCUCCGAGCGGAACCACCCUUUGCUGGCCAGUCGCUUCGCUCCUCCGAGGAAGCCAGCGGCCGCGGCCACAGAGCGGAAAGAGCACGAAAGAAAGGAAGAGAGGAAGAGGCCAGGGGAGAAGAAAAACGAAGCCAGGUCUCGGGGAGCCGGCGGAAGGGUGGCCAUCGGUGAACAAACGAGGAUUUGGCUUCUCUUCCGCACCCCGGGCGUGAACGCCUCCCGCGCGACCCCAAGGAAAUAAGUGGGUCUCGCCUGGGCAGAAAGGGAAGAAAAAAUCCAAGUGAGCGCUCUGUCUCCUCGGUCACCGCUGCCCCUAGGAACUCCGGCUGCUGCUCAGCCCAACCUCCCCGUGGGGCCGGACGCAGUGCCCGGGCCGCCCUGCAGAUGGGCCGGGCAGGGAACGGGCGCCCAAGCCGCGGGUGACGAGCGCCCGCCUGCCCGGCUCCGCGCAGGCACCGGGCGGGCAGAGGAUGCGAGGCGCAGGAGCCUGGGAGCGGGGUCCGAGACUGCCCAGGGCGCGCUAGCUCCCACCUGGAUGGCCCCGAGACCGCUCCGGCCCCUGGGACCUCCAGACCGCGAGGCGUGAGCUGCCGCGGCCCGGGGGCGGAGACCUCAGGCGGCGGCUGCCGCGGUGGCGAGCCGGGCGCAGGAGGGCGCGCGCUAUCUCCCUGCGGGCCUCAGUAAUGAGGAGACUGAGUUUGUGGUGGCUCCUGAGCAGGGUCUGUGUGCUGCUGCCGUCGCCCUGCGCUCUGGUGCUGGCCGGGGUGCCCGGCUCCUCCUCGCACCCGCAGCCCUGCCAGAUCCUCAAGCGCAUCGGGCACGCGGUGAGGGUGGGCGCGGUGCAUUUGCAGCCCUGGACCACAGCCCCACGCGCGGCAAGCCGCGCUCCGGACGGCAGCCAGGCAGGCGCCCAGAGGGAUGAGCCUGAGCCAGGGAUUUGGCGGCCCCCGGCGCCCUCUCCGGGCGCACGCUGGUCGGGGAGCGCCCUGCGUGGCCGGGGGCUGCCGGGCGCCCGAAAGCCCGGGGAGGGCGCGGGAGCCGAGACCCUGUGGCCUCGGGAUGCCCUUCUCUUCGCCGUGGACAACCUGAACCGCGUGGAAGGGCUGCUGCCCUACAACCUGUCUUUGGAAGUAGUGAUGGCUAUCGAGGCGGGCCUGGGCGAUCUGCCGCUCCUGCCCUUCUCCUCGCCUAGCUCGCCGUGGAGCAGUGACCCUUUCUCCUUUCUGCAAAGCGUGUGCCACACCGUGGUGGUGCAGGGGGUAUCCGCGCUGCUCGCCUUCCCCCAGAGCCGGGGAGAGAUGAUGGAGCUCGAUCUGGUCAGCUCUGUCCUGCACAUCCCAGUGAUCAGCAUCGUGCGCCACGAGUUUUCACGGGAGAGCCAGAAUCCCCUUCACCUACAGCUGAGUUUAGAAAAUUCAUUAAGUUCUGAUGCUGAUGUCACGGUCUCAAUCCUGACCAUGAACAGCUGGUACAAUUUUAGCUUGUUGCUGUGCCAAGAAGAUUGGAACAUCACCGAUUUCCUCCUCCUUACGCAGAAUAAUUCAAAGUUCCACCUCACGUCUGUCAUCAAUAUCACUGCCGACCUUUCCCCAGCCGAGGACCUCCUGGCCUCCCUGCACGUCCAGCUGGAGAGCGUCAGGAACAGUGCUCCCACAGUGGUGAUGUUUGGCUGCGACAUGGAAAGUAUCCGGAGGAUUUUUGAAAUUACCACCCAGUUUGGGGUAACUCCUGCUGAGCUUCGUUGGGUGCUGGGGGAUUCCCAGAAUGUUGAGGAACUGAGGACAGAAGGUCUGCCCUUAGGGCUCAUUGCUCAUGGAAAAACAACACAGUCUGUCUUUGAGUACUACGUUCAAGAUGCCAUGGAACUGGUCGCAAGAGCUGUAGCCACCGCCACCAUGAUCCAGCCAGAACUUGCUCUCAUUCCGAGCACAAUGAAUUGCAUGGAUGUGGAAGCUGCAAAUCUUACUUCAGGACAAUAUUUAUCAAGGUUUCUAGCCAACACCACUUUCAGAGGCCUCAGUGGUUCCAUCAGAGUAAAAGGUUCCACUAUCAUCAGCUCAGAAAACAACUUUUUCAUCUGGAAUCUGCAACACAACCCCAUGGGAAAGCCUGUGUGGACCCGCCUGGGCAGCUGGCAGCGGGGGGAGAUCGUCAUGGAUUAUGGAAUAUGGCCAGAGCAGGCACAGAGACACAAAACCCACUUCCAACACCCACGAAAGCUACACCUGAGGGUGGUGACUCUGAUCGAGCACCCAUUUGUCUUCGCCCGGGAGGUGGAGGAGGAGGGCCUGUGCCCCGCUGGCCGGCUCUGUCUGGACCCCGUGACUAAGGACUCUUCCAUGUUGGAUCGUCUUUUUAGCAGCCUCCGUAGUGGUAAUGAUACAGUGCCCAUCAAAUUCAAGAAGUGCUGCUAUGGAUACUGCAUCGACCUGUUGGAAAAGCUGGCAGACGACAUGAGCUUCGACUUCGACCUCUACAUUGUUGGGGAUGGCAAGUACGGAGCCUGGAAAAAUGGGCAUUGGACUGGGCUGGUGGGCGAUCUCCUGAGCGGUUCAGCCCACAUGGCAGUCACUUCCUUCAGCAUCAAUACUGCACGGAGCCAGGUGGUAGAUUUCACCAGUCCUUUCUUCUCCACCAGCCUGGGUAUCUUAGUGAGGACCCGAGACACAGCGGCUCCCAUUGGAGCCUUCAUGUGGCCACUGCACUGGACGCUGUGGCUGGGGAUUUUCGUGGCUCUUCACAUUACUGCCAUCUUCCUCACUCUGUAUGAAUGGAAGAGCCCCUUUGGCAUGACUCCCAAGGGGCGGAAUAGAAGUAAAGUCUUCUCUUUCUCUUCGGCCUUGAAUGUCUGCUAUGCCCUCCUGUUUGGUAGAACAGCAGCCAUUAAACCCCCAAAAUGCUGGACUGGAAGGUUUCUGAUGAACCUUUGGGCCAUUUUCUGUAUGUUUUGCCUUUCUACCUACACAGCAAACUUGGCUGCUGUCAUGGUAGGUGAGAAGAUCUAUGAAGAGCUUUCUGGAAUACAUGACCCUAAGCUACAUCAUCCCUCCCAAGGCUUCCGCUUUGGAACGGUCCGGGAAAGCAGUGCUGAAGAUUAUGUGAGGCAAAGCUUCCCGGAGAUGCAUGAGUACAUGAGAAGGUACAAUGUACCAACCACCCCCGAUGGAGUGGAGAAUCUAAAGAAUGAUCCAGAGAAACUAGACGCCUUCAUCAUGGACAAAGCCCUUCUGGAUUAUGAAGUGUCAAUAGAUGCUGACUGCAAACUUCUCACUGUGGGGAAGCCGUUUGCCAUGGAAGGAUAUGGCAUUGGUCUCCCACCCAACUCCCCACUGACCUCCAACAUAUCUGAGCUCAUCAGUCAGUACAAGUCCCAUGGGUUUAUGGACGUGCUGCAUGACAAGUGGUACAAGAUGGUUCCCUGUGGCAAGAGGAGUUUCGCUGUCACCGAGACUUUGCAAAUGGGCAUCAAACAUUUCUCUGGACUCUUCGUGCUGCUCUGCAUCGGAUUUGGGCUGUCAAUCUUGACAACCAUUGGUGAGCACAUAGUGUACUGGCUGCUGCUCCCACGAAUCAAGAACAAAUCUAGGCUGCAGUACUGGCUCCACACCAGUCAGAGAUUACACAGAGCACUAAACACCUCAUUUGUAGAGGAAAAGCAGCCACGUUUGAAGACUAAACGUGUGGAAAAGAGAUCCAGUGUGGGACCCCGUCAGCUCACUGUGUGGAAUACAUCCAGUCUGAGUCAGGACCACCGACGAAAACACGUGUUCCAUGAGGAGGGGGGAAAACAGCAGCUGGGCAUCUGGACCCGGGAGGACAUCCCACUCCCACCGAGAAGAGAGUUGCCUGCCUCACUGACCACCAACGGGAAAGCAGACUCCCUGAACGGGGCUCGGAACUCAGUCGUGCAGGAGCUCUCAGAGCUCGAGAAGCAGAUCCAGGUGAUCCGUCAGGAGCUGCGGCUGGCUGUGAGCAGGAAAUCAGAGCUAGAGGAAUACCAAAGGACAAACCGGACUUGUGAGUCCUAGGUGGUCAUGCGGCUCCCCAUUCUCAGAUCCUCAUGUUCCUAUGAGCUCUUGAGACCCUUGGUAGUGCCCUUCUGUAACUAUGACAAAGGUGUGGGGAAACCAAGGUCUAGGUGUUCUCAGAGGUCAAGUCUGCUCUCUGUAGCCUGAAAAGCAACAGAAGCUCUUCUCAAGCUCUCUCUCCAGGUCUCCCGGGCAGGAGUCUUUCAGAGCAGGGAUGGUAAAUUAAGCAGGAGUAAACUCCAUGUCAGGGAUCUGGGAAUAACCAGACACCCCCAGCUCCUGUUAACCUCUCACCAGGUGCCACAGUAAUAUUUCUGGUUUUUAGCCCUUUCUCUGCACUACUGACAACAAGAGAUAAAAUUGUUACAAAUACCUGUAUCUUACUGAGUUGUUGAUUUUAAUGUUAGUGUAGAACAGGAUUAUCCAGGGUUGUGCCUUGUGAUACAACUCCGCACUCUAGGUGUGUUCCUACAUUUUAGAUGGGGAACCAGGUAAGAGGUAGAGAAACCAAGGACUGGGGCAGGGAGGUGAGUCGUUUAAAAAAGGAACCAAAUUCAUGAAUACUGCAGCAGGGCAAGGUUGACUUGAUCAGGCAAGAGCCCUCCUUUUGAGAGAGUCCUGGAUCUCUCACACCAUCCUAACAUUUAGUAGGAACACAUUCACAUGCCACAAUGAAAGGGGUCAGGGGUGUGGUGAGCAGGAACAGAGGACAGGCAGAAGAGUCAUUACACCGUGUAUUUAGAACAAAAGCUGUGGGCCAGAAGAGCAAUUUGGCUAAGGAGUGAAUAGGACUAUACUUCUGAUCUAACUAAGCAUCUCCACUAUAGUGUGUGCCUUUUGUAAUGGAAAAAGGGAGAGUGAAGCAAAGCACGGGUGUGGCCUUAGGAUGAAACUGGAAUAUCCCUGCUUAUUUGCCUGAACAGUAUGUGUAAGCCAGCACUGUGGGUUCAGGGAAGACGUUCUGCAAACCACAUACGGCCAUUUUCAGAUCAGCAGUCACCUAUCUCUUAGCUCUAGCAAUCCCAAAAGUGAACCUCAAGUCUGUGACCACAAGCCACAAAAUUCAGAAAUGAAAUUUUCAGAUCCGUAUUGAUAACCCCCAUGUCAAUCUCCCAGCCUCACACCCACUCAUCUUGGAGAAGUUCCAAACAGGUUUGGCCCCACCUUUUGGCCCCUAGGCCCCCUCUAAUGCCCCCAAGAGAUUGAUAUCAGUACCCUGGUUUCUCUCUGCCUGGGCAUCCUUUCUUAGUGUGCAACUGCAUGGACACAGGAACAGAAAAAGUAUGAGAAGAGAAUGGUGGAGCUGCAGCUCCCCAUGUGAGUGUAGCUAGGAAUGAUCUAGGACCACAUUAGGAUGCUGACAGCCAGACCUUUGCCCAGAGCAUGCAAAUGGGGAGGGGAGUCUGGAGGUGAGCUGUGUGAACAAACACGCCCAGGUACCUGGCACACCUGGUCCAAAAAACUACCUUCAAGAAACACUGUUCUAGAAGUUUGACUGCCAUGGGCCAUGGGAGAAGUGGGAAGAGCCUUACUGAGAGUUCUUUUAACCCAGCACACAUCUGCUGAUUCACCUGACCCCAGAGCACCAUUUAGGACUAGACUUCCUUGUUGACCCCUUACUUGCUUUAUCUUCCCAGAACUUUUUGCUCCACCCACAUCAGUUUGAAUGCCUCCGAUGAGUUCACAGCACUGUGCCAAGCAUGGUGCUCUGUAACUGCUGCAGGUCACUGGAAAGGCUCCUCAAUCACAAAAUUUCUCCUCCUGCUUUUGGAUGCAGUCUCUGCAUUUCCACAAAGAGUUUUCACAGUCCCCCAGAGAAAGAUAACAUCUUAAGCUGUAAUUAGAUAACACUUUAGCAAUUAGUUAAUUGUCUUAGAAAACCCCAGGGUGGGUGUAGGCACAGAGAUACUGAUGAGGGAGGAGCCUUCUAAAGUUAGACUUCAGCAACCUCACUCACAGAUGAAACAGGUCAACAAUGAGUGGACAGGUGAGUCCUGGAAACAGAAAGGACAAUUCUGCUUUGAAACACCCUAUCCUCCCAGGACCAGAAGUAGGUUGCAACUGCCUUCAGACAAUGAGGCCCCUUAGCCAUCCCCACCCAUCUGCAACAGCUAAGGACGGUGUAGAGGCUCCGCCACCACGCUCUGGCAGCCUGGGAGGCUGAUGUACAGAUGUACCUCAACUCACAUAACAGCCAUGCUCCUAAUGUUGUAUAUGGACAUUUUUAUAACUCAACUCAUAUUCUGACUGUACUUGAGAAGCUGGCUAUUUAAAGGAACCCAGAGGUGAAUUCUUUUGUAAAGAAUCCUUUUGUAAUGCAAUUAUCCCUUAAUGUAAUUGUUUUGUAAGUUUGGAUUUUUGUAUACUGGGUUUACCUUAAGCUUCUCUACUGAAGCAUUCUGAGCAAGGGUGAUAGUAUGCCAGACAGCCUUGCCUAUCCACACAGUAGACAACCAGUGCACGGCUUCGCAAGUAUAUUCUGAGGAACUUCGUGGCCAAAACUGUGGACAGGAUGCAGCAAGCAGCAGCAGGGACUGAAAGCAGGCUUACUGCUGUCAGCAUUACUUGAAAUGCCUCCAUGAUCUGGAUAAAGAAAAACAAGGCGUAAUUGCUUGUGGUGAGAUGAUGCAGUCUUCAUGUUAAGUGGCAAUGGUUGUUUUUAUUGGUAGUAAUUGAACAGUGUUUUGCAAUUAGUGAAACUAUGUUGUGUUUUGUAAAAAGAUUUCAUGAAAGUGGUGGGUCCUUUGAAAAGCCUCCUUCCUGUUCUGCUCCACCUGUUUUCAACUCCCCUUAGGCUCAAAAACACAAAGAUCCGCUGUUUUCAGGGAGGGUGGUUAUUUUGGCAAAGGAGAAAUAGGGGAUGCUGCCUCCUCUUGAGGGCUCCUAUUUCAUGAAAUAGGGAAGGCCUUUGUUCUCAUCCAAGCUCUGGUGCUGAGACACCUGGAACAGGACCACCUGAUUGUAUCCCACACCCCAACCCAUUUCCCAUGGGGGAAUUCCUGGAACAGAAAGCACACAGUAAAGCUUGACUGGGUGAGUUGGAACAGGCAGGGCUAGUCGGUUCAUGUAAAUAAUAAUGAGUCCCAGAGCACAGAUGCCUCCAACAAGAGAGAUGUUGGAAAAAUGACUAGGGCAGGCAAGUGAGGCAGCCACAGGGACCCAAUCAGUUGAGGUCUUCAAUAUGCCUGGAGGUGACCCUCCACUGUUCAUGGAUCUUGCUGCUGCACAAACCCUACACAGGAGCUGCUGCUUCUGUGCUGACGAGAGACCCUGGAGGUGAAGCGACUGCCAAGCAAUCAUUUGGGCAGCAGGCUUCUCAGUGCUGGUGGAGUGACUAGAGCAGUGGAGCUAACAAGCUCUUCCUUGGCAUGGAUAAAGAAUGAAGGGUAAAGAAACUCCUUAGAGCCUCUCUGCCUCCUAACUCGUAUUUUUGAUAAGCAAACCAUAAAAUCCAGCCAGUCUAGGAAGGAAAUUGUGUUCUAGUCCUCAAAACCACUUCACUGCCUGCACUGUUUAAGUUACUGCUCUCACACACCUAUGCUGUCAGUCUAAUCCAGGAUUCCCCCACUCCUUUUUUAGUUUAGUUCCUAGUUGUUUUAUGAAAAUAACGU